AUGUCUUCGAAAUCGAGCAAAAAUGGCAAAAUUGCCGACUCUCGGUUCUCGAACUUCGAGACCGACCCCCGCUUCCGCCUCCCUUCCAAGAAGCAGACCAAGACGACAAUCGAUAAGCGAUUCUCGCGCAUGCUGAAGGACGAUUCCUUCACAUCCACCGCAAAGGUCGACCGUUACGGCAGAAAAGUCAAGUCUGACACCAAGAAGAAGGCCUUGCAGCGACUCUAUGAGCCAGAGGAUGGUGAAGAAGAAGGUGACGAGGAACAGGAGGAGGGCAUGGAGGUCGAGGCCGACGACAUUCGAGUUCGGCAAGGAGCGCAUGCAGCGCGAGGAGCUGGAGGGCCCCCCAAGGAGAUCUUCAAGAAGUCUGACGACUCCGACGAGGAUAGCGAGGACAGCGAAGCGGAGGAAGAAGCGAUCAAGAAGGAGCUGCUGGAGGAGGGCGACGCGGAGGACUUUGACCAUGAUGCGCUGCGCAAGUACCAGCUCGACCGGCUGCGGUACUUCUACGCCGUCAUGACCGUCUCCGACAAGACGACGGCACAGAAGCUUUACGAGGCCACCGACGGCACGGAGUACCAGUCAUCAUCCAACUUCCUCGACUUGCGUUUCAUCCCCGACGACGUUACCUUCGACGACGAGCCCAGAGACGAGUGCGAUAAGAUGCCGGAGGGAUACAAGCCUGUCGAGUUCAUCACCGACGCUCUGCAGCACUCCAAGGUGAAGCUCACUUGGGACGUCAACCCCGACGACGCUGCGCGCAAGGCUUCCAUCAACCGCGCCUUCACCGGUAGCCGCUCGCAGCUUGAGGAGAACGACCUCAAGGCAUACCUGGCCAGCGACAGCGAGGAUGACGGCGAUUCUUUUGCGGGUUUCGACGACGAGGAGAAGGAAGAGGAGGAAGCGGCAGCUGCCGAGCCCAAGCUCUCCAAGAAGGAACUCGCCCGCCGGAAGAUGAGAGAGGCCCUGGGACUGGGCGCCGAGGAGGAGAAGAAGUCUAAAGACGGCCCCGUCGGCGAGAUGGAGAUCACGUUCACACCCGCUUUGACGGAAAGCAAGAAGGACAGGAAGUCUGAGGAGGAGGAGACGACGAUUGAGAAGUACAAGCGCAAGGAACGCGAGCGCAAGGAGAAGAAGCGCGAGGCCGCUCGCGCUAGACGCGAGGGCGGCGUCGCAGCCACCACCAAAGAGGCCGCCGAGUCUGCAGAGGAGGAGAUCGGCGACGCGGGAGAAGACCUCGGCUUCGACGACCCCUUCUUCACGACCGACGAGCCGGCGGCGGCGGCCACCAAGACCAAGACGUCGAUCCGUAAGGAGGAGCGUCUUGCGAAGCGCGCGGCGCGCGAGGCCGAGGAGAAGGAGAAGGCGGAGCAGAAGGCGCAGCUUCAGCUCCUGAUGGCGGACGAGAACGACAACGAGCAGGCGGAGCAUCUGGACCACUUCGACAUGAAUGAGAUCUUGAAGGCGGAGAAGCUCAAGAAGAAGAAGGGUAAGGCAGCCAAGAAGCUGGCUGCGAAGAAGGCUGCCGCCGCAGACGGCGACGAAAAGGUCGGGCUGCAGCAGGACUUCAAGAUGGACGUCGACGACGACCGUUUCAAGGCCGUGUUCGAGAGCCACGAGUACGCCAUCGACCCGUCAAACCCCAAGUUCAAGGGCACCGAGGCGAUGCAGAAGCUGCUCGAGGAGGGACGCAAGAAGAGGAAGGCCGGCGGAGACGGGGACGACGAGCCGCCCGCCGAGAGGGACGGCAAGAAGGCGAAGAAGUCCAAGGGGGAGAAGAAGGCCGAGGACGAUGAGCUGAGCAGGCUCGUCGCGUCGGUGAAGAAGAAGGCCGGCAGCAAGGCUGGGAAGAAAUAG